GAGAGGAUGCUGAGUGAGACGCCCGCGAAAGGACGAACAGGUCGCGCGGAUCUAAAAGACGCUGUCCGGCGAUGAUUACUUUAAACAACACGGGAUGGGUAUCUUUUACAAAGCCAUAUCACAUAUGAUCCAUAAGAGGAACUGUGGUAAAAAGAAGAAGCCGCGAACGGGAUUACAAUAGCAAGAAAAGGUAAGAAGGAACAGAGAGGAAACUGUCACUACAGUUAACUUACAGUGAUAUUUGAGAAACAGUAUUUAAUAUCGUUACGAAGACGAGCUUGGACGAUUGAUAGAAGAAGUGUUUUUGUUUCUUUUUUUUUUUUUUUUUUUUCGAAAAUCAAUAUGGAUAACAUAAACAUUUCAAGCAAAUUGGACAGUUACAUUGACACCAGUAAUACAUCCACUGGGAAUUCUACAAGUCGCUACUCUCUGGCCACCAUUAUAGGGCUUGCGGGGCUGGUGAGCUUCCUCAUCUUGUUUACUAUAGUUGGAAAUGUGCUGGUUGUUAUCGCCGUUUUAACAAGCAGAGCGCUUAAGCCACCCCAAAAUCUUUUUCUUGUGUCCCUGGCCAGUGCGGACAUUCUGGUGGCCACACUGAUAAUCCCCUUCUCUUUGGCCAAUGAAUUAAUGGGCUACUGGUUUUUUGGGAAAGUUUGGUGUGAUAUCUAUUUAGCACUAGAUGUUCUUUUCUGCACAUCAUCUAUUGUUCACCUGUGUGCCAUAAGUCUUGACAGGUACUGGUCUGUAACACAGGCAGUUGAGUAUAAUCUCAAGCGAACACCUAACAGAGUGAAGGGAAUGAUUGUGGUGGUCUGGCUGAUUGCAGCUGUAAUCUCCUUCCCUCCGCUUAUCACCAUGGACCGUAAUAAUGAGGGUAAAGAGAGUGAACCACAAUGCCAGCUGAACGACCACACGUGGUACAUCCUCUACUCCAGCAUCGGGUCAUUCUUUGCCCCAUGUGUCAUCAUGAUCCUUGUUUACAUCCGAAUCUACCAAGUUGCUAAGACAAGAACCCGAAAUAUGUCUGAAAAGCGCCGUGAUCCAGAUGGCGGCACAGGAACGCCAGGGCUGGAGAAUGGGUUGAACCAUGAGGAUUCUCGGCGGGAAAAUGGGCACUGUGCCUCACCGGCAUCAGGGGAACGCAGAACAGGCGAGGACGACCCAGAUGCUGAGCUUGAAGACAGCAGCUCAUCGGAUGAGAAGGCCAAGCACAUGCAAAACGAGACGGCGCCCACACGAAAAGAUCGGCGAUCCAGCCGCAAGAACAGCUCCAGCUCCAAGCAUUCUAGCCGGAAGUCCCGUGCCAGCAGCAAGUCCCUGGACUUGUUUUCAUCCCGCAGAAAGAGGAGGAACACCAUUUCCAGAAAGAAAAUCUCACAGGCACGAGAGAAACGUUUCACCUUUGUACUGGCUGUGGUCAUGGGUGUGUUUGUGGUCUGCUGGUUUCCGUUCUUCUUCAGCUAUAGUCUGCAUGGGAUCUGCCGGGAGCCCUGUGCCAUCAAUGACACCCUUUUCAAGUUUUUCUUCUGGAUUGGUUACUGCAACAGCUCCCUCAACCCUGUAAUCUACACCAUCUUCAACCAGGAUUUCCGGCGAGCUUUUCAGAAGAUCCUGUGCAGGUCAUGGAAAAGGUCUUUUUAGAGGAUAAUGACAUGAUAGAAAAGCCUUUGGAUGCUCUGAAGGAAGAGAGAAAUAUUUGCAUUGACAAUUUGUACACAACAGUGACAUUGAUAUUUGUUCCCUACUUUGUUGUGUAAUGCUUUUGAUUCUGUGUGGACAACAUAUCCUGGUCACAUAAGUGGUACUUCAAGCUACAGAUUCUUCAAAAGCAUUCACCUGAACUGGGUAGCACUGUACUGCAUUAUAGGAAACAGGCUAAUCUUUAUUAUGGCUGCAGGCACUUCUAAGUUAUCAAGAGACAUAUUUAUGAUGAGUUUGCACAUAUGGCUUGUCUCAUUGUGGCUAGAGAGCUAUGAAACAUGAAAGGCUGUCUCCUUUUACAUGGUGACAAAAAACGAAGACAAAAAGUAAAUUACCAAAAAAGUGUACUGUUUCCAGCUGAUGGAGGCGAAACAGACACUGUUGGUUAGGGAGUAGAGAGCUUUAUGCCCUGACAUGUUUAGGUAUUACAAAGUGCUGCUCUGUAACAUGCAACAAAAUGCCACAAAAUAUACACAGAAGAGGUAUUUACUGGUGUAGACUCAAAAAACAAUGAUUUUUCAAUGAUGAUAAAUGGUACAUUUACUAAUUAAGCUUUGUGGCUAUGCUUGUAUAAUGUCUCCCAUUUGUUCAAAACAUCAUAACAAUAUAAUGCAGCAUGAAAUAUGAAGCUGUUGUAAAUUUAUAAAGACAAAAACGUUUUUUUUAUUUUAUUUUAUAUUAUGACACAUCUGCCUUGAUGGGUGUUGGGAUUCUCUCCUUUUCUAUUUAAUGUAUUUGUGAAAUGUCCAAGAUGACUGACAGGUCAAUACAAGCACAGCUGAUGAUUAAACAAAACUGAACAAAUAGAUGGCGUUACUUUCUGCAGUGAACAGAGUACUGUGUAGCUUUGGGGAAAGAAUUGUAGCUUUAUUUUCACCUUUCAUGUCUGUAAAGUGGGCUUAUGUUUUGAGUUUUUAUCAUUUUGCCACUCAAUUCAGCUCAGAACAGAUACAAUAAAGGCAGAACCUGAUUUUUUAAAAAUCUAAUUGUUUACAAUAUUAAAGGGAUAGUUCACCAAAAAAAAAAAAAAAAAAAAAAAAAAACAAUGACAUUCUCUCAUCAUUUACUCACCCUCAUGCCAUCCCAGAUGUGUAUGACUUUCUUUCUUCUGGUGAACACAAAGAUCUCUCUUCUGGUAAACACAUACAAAGAUAUUUAGAAGAAUAUUUAAGUUCUGUAGGCCCAUACAAUGUAAGUGAAUGGGUACCAACAUUUUGAAGCUCCAAAAUGCACAUUAAAGCAGCAUAAAAGUAAUCAAUAAGACUGCAGUGGUUAAAUCUAUUAUCUUCAGAAGUGAUAUGAUAGGUGUGGGUGAGAAACAGAUCAAUAUUUUUUACCAUAAAUUCUCCUUCCUGACCAGUGUGUGGUGAUAUGCACGAAGAAUGCAAAAACAUUAGAAGAAGAAUGUGGCAGUGAAAGUGGAGAUUUAAAGUAAAAAAGGACUUUGAUUUUGAUUUUGAUUGAUUUGUUUAUCACACACACCUAUCAUAUCACAAAGAUAUGGAUUUAACCACUGGAGUCUUAUGGAUUACUUUUAUGUCCUUUUGGAGCUUCAAAAUUUUGGUACCCAUUCACUUGCAUUAUGAGGACCUACAGAGCUAAAUUAUUCUUCUAAAAAUCUUUGUUGGUGUUCUGCAGAUUAAAGCAAGCCAUAAACAUCUGGGAUGUUAUGUGUGUGAGUAAAUGAUGAGAGAAUUUUCAUUUUUGGGUGAACUAUUUCUUUAAUAUAAUGUUCAAUACUCAACAUGCCUAUGCAUUGUUACUCAUCAAAAACUACAUAAUAGUAUGCAGAGGAAGACUUUUAAACCUGUCCCUGAAACUCUAUCUCAGAUUUACAGUAAAUUCCAGAAGGAAUUGAAGUCGGUGUAUAUGUUUACUGUAAUUAGUGUGCAUAUUGUGGGAAAAAAAAAAACAUUCUCAUAAUCACAUCAAUAAACAGAGAAUAAAAUAUGCUUAACUGAUAUUGGAGUGGGGCAUAUCAUUUGCAUUUAGUCACACUGUAUGCUAUAUGGAUGGUUUAUUCAGUUUUAUAAAUCUAGAUUAUCUGUGUAUAUACAGUUUCAUAAUAUUCACUUCAUAUAAAUGUUAAUCAGUCUUUUUCCUUUCAUUGCCUCAAUCAGUUAGUGUAAUAAUAAAAAAAAAAAACAUUUUAUUUAAUGUUUACAGAAGAGCUUAGAGACUAAGUAUUAUUUUUGUCUUUGAAGGGACAGUAGACAUAUGGUAAAAUAAGUCAAAUGGAACUUAAUAAAGUCACAGCUUUCAAUUCUCUGUGACCCUGCUUAUAAAAUUUUAAUAAAGUAGGACAGGGACAGCUGCUGAGUUUCAGGACUACAGAGAAAGAGAGAGAGGUAUGGCCUAUUAGUAUUGUUUUAAACUAGGUUAUGUAAGCCCUUGGGGAAGACAACUACUUUGUUAGUUGCAUUGGCUGUACUUUUGAUUAGUUUACUCAAACGAACCCCAGAAAACACCACAUCCCUAUGUUGAUUUCUGAAAGUUUUCAAAUAUUAUGUGUUUUCAGUAUAAUAGUAAUAUUCUCAUAAUAUUAAACCAAUAAACCAUGAGAAGCCGUGAAGUACAGUGAUUUUAAGGGGUGUUCUUAGGCACAACACAAAGCGAAGCACCUUUUAUACAAUGGCAGCAACAGCAAUAUGAUAAAAGACGGCAAUGUUUAAUAAACAUUUAUCAUUUAAUGAUAAUCUGAAUAUCUACAAUUUUUCUGCCGAGUAAUAUAGUUCAUUAUCUUAACUGCUCGAGUUUGCAGUUGCCAAGCAAUGUUAGCAAACUUUGCGUAUACUGUAAAAAAUGUAUGGGUUUAUUGUCAUUUUACUUCUGCUUUGAACAUGGCUUGUCCAAUCAGAAUUAAGUGUCUGAACUAUCAUGCUUUAGUAUAAAAAGUGUAUUCCAUUGUAAAGUCUGACUGAGAUUCUGAAACUGAUUGCAAAGGAAA